CGCUCCUCCUCGGCAAGACGGCAACCAACGCGAGCAAGAGCGUCUUGAUUGACACCGAUCGAGCAAACACACCACUGCUUCUCUGCUCAAAGCCGGAUCGCUCUUCGGCUUCGUUCCACCCAUCAAGCCGACUCGAGACGAUGUAUCCGGCCAAGCCCAGCGAGCCGGCGGCGGCGCCGGUGACCGGGGUCCCCGUGGGCGUCCCCGGCGGCGGCCAGGGCCAGUGGUCGUCGGGUCUCUUGGACUGCUUCGACGACUGCGGGCUGUGCUGCCUGACGUGCUGGUGCCCGUGCAUCACGUUCGGGCGCGUGGCGGAGAUCGUGGACCGCGGCGCGACGUCGUGCGGGACGAGCGGGGCGCUGUACGCGCUGCUGGCCUACCUCACCGGCUGCCAGUGGAUCUACUCCUGCACCUACCGCGCCAAGAUGCGCGCCCAGUUCGGCCUCCCGGAGAACCCCUGCUGCGACUGCUGCGUCCACUUCUGCUGCGAGCCCUGCGCGCUCUGCCAGCAGUACAAGGAGCUCAAGGCACGCGGCUUCGACCCGGACCUCGGCUGGGAGCUCAACGCCCAGAGGGCCAACGCCGCCGCCAUGCCCAUGUACCCGCCCGCCGCACAGGGCAUGGGCCGCUGAGCUACUCAUACAUGGAUCGUCUCGUCUCAUCCGUGCUGAUGAUGCUCCUCAUCAGUCGACGAGUUUAUUUGCUUCUGAUUCGUGCAUGGUGAAUUGUACGUACUGCUGCACUAGCUAUGUGUUUAUUUUUGUGUGUGUGUUUCAUCUCUUGCAUCAGCCAAAAGGAAAUGUGCAUGUAAACAUCAUCAGUACGGAGUGUACGUUUCCUUUUUCUUUUGUUACUGUAUACAUGCAUGCAUAUUUCUUGGUUCUUCCAUGGUUUCGAAUAAAAAGAAAAGAGUGUCGAUUAAGUCAUUCUCUAGGCA